ACUGGUUUACAUCACUUCAUGGCAAUAGUCCCACCAUAUGGUCAAAUUUUGAGCAAACAUGUUUAGAGCACAUUUAGGAAGAGUUAGUUUUAAAAAUAAGAGCUUUUGUAGAUGUGUGACCUACAGUAACUAGCUGGCAACAGUGUUGCCAAUAUAUUACUGUAGAAAUAGCGGGUAAGGGCUAACCGUGUAUAAACCGCCAGCGAUUGACAUCUACCUGAUACUGCACUCAUAUUCAUAUAAAGAAGCCAUGUUGACAAGUUUUUGUAAGUUAUGGCAAAAUCCACAAGAUUGUAGUACCUUCAUUGCCCUGUAAAUGGCAAUAUUAAUUAUAAGAUAGGUGCCAUGCAAAAUGUAAUGUGUAAUUGCAUUAGUCAUUACAAAUGUAGUGGAGUAAAGAGUACAUAUACUUGUUCAAAAAUGUAGUUAAGUAGAGAGUAAAAGUUGCUAAUAUCUUUAAUACUCAGUACAACUACAAAGUAGCCGAAAAGAUACUUAAGUAAAGUAACUAAGUACAUUUACUCCAAUACUUUACACCACUGUACUAUUUGGACUUUGUCGAAGAUAUACUAUCAAUAUUAUCAACAGUAUUUUUAGUGAAAACACUGUGAACACCAAUAGGGGGCGUUGUGUGUCUUUGGUGCUCCAUUCUCCAGUAUCUCCAAAGAAGAACAAAGAAACAAUAUAAACACUCGCGGUUGUGUGUACGGGAUAAUAACGUUAAGUCGUCUGAAGACAGUAGGAAACGCUGACUUUAUGAAGGCAUUGACCUCUGGAAAACUAAGUAAAACGGAGAAAAAGAAACUCGGAUAUCUUCAUGAAUAUGUUUGACCUGAAGUGUGAAAACUCGUCAGAUGAGGAGGGAGAAGAAAUUGAUGGAGAUCCCACUUUAGCAGCGCAAAUAUCCAGGUGUGCAAACAUCUCGUCGGCAGAUUUAGACGAGCUGGAGAACAGCCGAAACGAAUCGAGUACUGUCAAACAAACAGUGUGGGCGGUGAAAUGUCUUAAAACGUGGAUGCGCGAGAAACAGAUCAACAGCAUCGACUUAACAACCGUCGAAAAAUCUGAACUGACCCCAGUGCUGCGGGAAUUUUACGGAUCCAUUCGGACAAGUAAAGGAGAACUGUACGGUAUCAGCAGCUAUGUCGGGCUCCGGGCUGGAUUAAAUCGUUUUUUCAAUGACCCUCCUCUUUCUCGUGGCUGGAAUUUGAUGCAGGACGCUGAAUUCAGAUCGGCCAACAAUGUUUUCAAAGGCAUCGUUAAACAGACGCGACGAUCGGGUAGGGAUGUAACAACACACUACCCCCCGAUCUCACCCGAAGACCUGGAUAUAUUAAAACACUCUUCUGCACUAGACCCUGGCAACCCCAGAGGUUUAUUAAAUAAGGUCUGGUUUGACAUCCAGUUACAUUUUGGACUCCGGGGAAAAGAGGGCAAUCGACACCUGCGGCCAGACUCGAUGACACUUAAACGUGACCUAAAUGGUUUAAAAUAUUUCACUAUGGUAUUACAGGAUGUGUUUCGUGAAUCAAAGAACCCAAUUAAACGGGACAAGGACAAGAAGGGGGCCGCUAUGUAUGAAGAGCCUGGCAACCCACUCUGUCCCGUCGCCUCUUUGGAGAAAUAUUUAAGCAAAAUCCCGCCAGACGCAAAGGCGCUCUACCUGCAGCCCAAAAGAACGCAUGUGUUCAACGAUGAGUUCUGGUAUACAGCUCUACCUUUGGGAAUCAAUAAUCUGUCUCAAAUGCUGCCCAGAAUAUGCAGAGAGGCCGGGACGCAGACCACAUACACUAACCACAGUCUGAGGCUCACUGCGCUUCAAAAACUGACUGAAUCCAGACAGAUCAUGACUGUGUGUGUGCACAGUGUCCAUAUUGAGACGAACCCUCAUUUGCAGCAGGAAUCUGCUCCAUAUUCAGCCAGCAGUGAGAUUGACUCCAGCUCUGUGACACAGGAGAGUCCUGUGAGCAGCCACGGCUGGUUAAAAAAAGAACCAGAAAAUGAAAUAAUUGAGUGGGAAAAUAUAAACUCGGAGGCCGCCGUUGAUGCUGAGCAGGACAACACAAGCAAUGCCAUCUCCACAGCAACGACCCCGAUGGAGGUUUUACCCCCCAGUGUGAUGCUGACCAUCACCAAACUUCAGUGUCUUGUGGAGAGCAAACAGCAGAAGAUUGAAGCACUGGAGAAACAAGUGCAGGACCUACAGGAGGAUCGCAAGUUCCUCCGCACACAGAUCGAGAACCUCACCAGCGCUCGUGUGGUUCAAGUACCAGAAGCGAGCACUUCAGUGUUUUUACGGCCCAGGUCACAUAAGAGACGGCAGAAAAGCAUGUCUAACCCAUGUGACAGUGAUGAGAGCUUUACCGAUGGGUCUGAGACCAGUGAUUCAUCUGAGGAGUUGAGCAACAUCAAGAAAAAACGACACAACAAGAAGAAACGGAAGAGAGGUUAUGUGCAGUGUGAGUAAGUAUUUUCAUCCUCCAACAAGAAGAACCUGAGUGGAGUUUCUGCCCAGUUCCAGGCCAAAAUUUGAUUGUGCCCAGGGCUAAAGAGUAGGCUAUACCAUGAAGAAUCUUAGUUGGGACAACGUUCCUGGUUGUUCCUCAUUGAUGGCUGAAUUGUUUGCACCACGAAAGGCAUUAUGCAGAACACCAUCGUCAACCAGGCCCUCAUCACAGAAUUGCAUCUAACAGCCGAGAGAGAGAGUGUUCCUCUAGUGAGUCUGUGAGGAAAUGUUGGUCAGCUAUAUGUCUAGCUGUAUGCCCUCACAAAUGAUACACAUGAUGGCUUCUGCCUUUAACUGUUGAGAAAGCAAGGACAUUGUCCAUGUGUGGACAUGAGAAUGGACAGGGCUGUUGUGUGCAUGUUGGACCAUGGAAGUAUAGCAAGAAAUGAGUGAUGUGAAACAUGCUUUUUGUUAUACUGUAUAUAUGUGACCCUGGACCACAAAACCAAUCAUAAGGGUCAUUUUUUUGUAAUAAAUAAGCUUUCUAUUGAUGUAUGGUUAGAAUAGGACAGUAUUUUGCUGAGAUAAAACUAUUUGAAAAUCUGGAAUGUGAGGGUGCAAAAAAUAUUGAGAAAACUGCCUUUAAAGUUUUAGAGGCACUGUAGCAGGCCGUUGCUAAGGUUUACUAAACAGGUUUGUUUUAACACUUCUAAUGGGUCUUCUCGCACGCAAGCUCAGUAACGUUUGUUUACGUUGUUGCUUUGAAACUGCAAUUGCUACCACUGUAAUGUCAUUGUGGAUGAACCUGAAAACAGAAAUUCUAAGCUUUACAUAAAUACCAAACUUGAGUGGAUAAUUCCCAAAGAGCGGGCAGCAGCGUGAGAAGUUUGUUUGCGUAUUUCUGGCCAUUUUUGUUUGUGAUUUUGCUGCAUCCACUCACAAAAAUAUAUAUAUUUUAAAUAUUUGCGGUAGCAAAUUUACAGAUUGUCUUCAUGGAACAUGAUGUUUACUUAAUGGUUUUGUGGUCCAGGGUCACAUAUGAUCAUGUGUUUAGUUAUACUUUACUUCCAUAGACAUACACUGUAAAACUUUGCUGUAGGUUUGCCAGUAACUUACUGUAGAUUUAAUUGCUACUUAGUACUACUUUCCUAUUAGUACUGUUUUCAAUUUGAGUCAAGCUUUACUUUAAUCAAAAUUAAAACACUUUGGCUUUUGAGAUUCAAAAUGAGCAAGAGAGACUUGUCUCAUUACUGGCAUUAGCACAGCAACACUGCAAUAAAUGACAUUCUUCCAAAGCAUUUGUGUCUUGUUUUCUAGUUAAACUACUUAAAACUUCUUAAAUUACGAUACAUUUACAUAACAAGAAAGUGAUCUAAGAUAUUAAGUCUUUAGUUUUAGUUUAGUUUUAUGAAAGAAAGUAUAAGAACUGUAAGUUUAUGUUUAAUACAAAAUUGUAAAUUAAAACUAGAGUAAGUUACUGGCAAACCUGGUGCAAAAUGACAGCAAAGUUUUACAGUAGACACUGCAUUGACUGAUGAAUCAUAUGUCAAAGGUGCCAUCAUAUUGCACAGGGCAAGACUGACCUAUAAACGCAAACAAGUGAAGAGGUGGCUGUAGUUUUUUUUGGACAGAAAGAACAAUGUUUGCAUUUCUCAACCAAUUUUAAUGGUUUAUGUGUCAGAAAAUGUAUUCAUUUUUUUCUAUUCAAGUCAUUGUUGUCGAACAUCAGUUAAUAAAUGUAAAUUUUCACUUGUGAUAAGAGUGGUGUUGCCCUGUCCAAUAUGGUGGUGCUCUCAACAUCUGCAAUGAAAAAGCCCUCAAUGUCGUUUCUAUGCAUGUCCAUGUUUACUCCCACAUGUUUUAGCAAAUGUUCAGUUAUCAGUUUCAGUUCAAUUUAAAUGCACAAAUAAACAAUUCUGUUUGUGAAAUUAAUCGAUAGUCCUCCCAGAAAUGUAACUGAAUAUACAUAUUGUUUUGGUAUGUAUAGGUGUUUUUUAUUUUCACAUUUACUGUUAGUGUGUGCUGUUCUUUCCUUAUGUUUUUAUAUUAUUUGUCCUGGAGAUUUUGGAGCUCAUUGGCUAUUUGUCUGAUGUUUCUUUCUGUCAGGAUCAUACACCUUUUAAUGUCCCAUAAACUACAGUAUUUUGAUGUAUUUCCCAACAGAAGUACAGAAUAAAUGAAAGAGUUGUUUGUGUGUUUCACUGCACUUUCACCAAAGAUUGAUUGAUUGAUUGAUUGAUUGAUUGAUUAAACCUACUGAAUACAUUUUAUGUUAAACACAUCUGUUUGUACAACUGUUCUUAAUCAGGGAGUGUCUUUAAAAUGUCUGAAGUAAAUCGUUUUGAGAUCAAAUAA